CGCCCCGCGCCUCGCCUCGGUAUCGGGCCCGUGACCCCGCGACCCCGCGACCCCGCGACCUCGAACUCCGGGUUCUAGGCGCGUGACCCCGCGACCCCGCGACCCUGAACUCCGGGUUCUAGGCGCGUGACCCCGCGACCCCGAACUCCGGGUUCUAGCCGCCUGACACUCCGGACCCGCGACCCGGCCGUGACCUCGCAACCCCGGGACCCAGAAUUCCGGAUUCUAGGCGCGUGACCCCUGAGACCCCGCGCCCCGGCUCGUGACCCCGGGACCCCAAUCUCUGGGCCUGUGACCACGGCGUCCCCAAACUCUGGACUCCGCGCCCCCAGCCCGUGACCCCGUGACCCCGAACUCCGGGUUCACAAUCCCUGGUCCCUGGGACCGGGAAUUCCGGGUUCUACACGCGUGACCCCACGACUCCGAACUGCAGGUUGGCAAUCCCUGCCUACCCGGGACCCCGAACUCCGGGUUCGGCCCCCAGGGCCCGGGGCUGCAGGCCCAGCACCGUCACUAGGCCGGCUGUCACCCCGCCCGUCCCCGGGACCCGGGACUCCCGCUGGUGGCCAACCCCGGCCUGGCCGAGCUCCAUUCCGGCCACACUCUGCCCGCAGUGUCCGGCGGGGUGCAGAGGAGGGGCUCCCCGGGAGCACGGCUCGGCCGUCAGGAUGCCGCCCGGCAAAGUCCUGCAGCCGGUCCUCAAGAUGAAGGUGGACGAGCUGUUCCUGCGCUGGCUCAGCGAGUCUAGCACACAGGCGCUGCUGCGGGACUGCCUGCAGCGGAUCAAGGUGCCCGGGAGGAGCCCCGGCGCCCUGCUCGCCCCCGCAGCGCCCGCCUGCAAGCCCGGGGUGCUGGACGGCCUGGGGGUGCCCAGCCUGGCCCCCGCGUCCACCGCGCUCCCGCUGGGAGCCGCCUCAAGUCCCAGGAGCGGCCCACACGCACGAGGGACUCGUCGAUCCACGGGGACCAGAGCUGUGCAGGCCAAGAAGGAGCAGCCCCUGCCGCCCGCCGCCAGCCAGAACAUUCCUGCCUUCUACUUCCCUCGGGGCCGCCCCACAGACACGCUGCACGUGGACGCCGUCAUCUCCAAGAUCGAGCACACCUUCGCCCAGUUCCCGCACGAGAGAGCCACGAUGGACGACAUGGGCCGCGUGGCCAAGGCGUGCGGCUGCCCGCUCUACUGGAAGGGGCCGCUCUUCUGCAGCGCCGGGGGAGAGCGCACCGGCUCCGUCUCCGUCCACAAGUUCGUCGCCAUGUGGAGGAAGAUCCUCCACAACUGUCACGACGACGCGGCCAAGUUCCUGCACCUGCUCAUGAACCCCGGCUGCAAUUACCUGGUGCAAGAGGACUUUGUCCCCUUCCUACAGGAUGUGGUGAACACGCACCCGGGCUUAGCCUUCCUGAAGGAGGCGUCAGAGUUCCACUCUCGCUACAUCACCACGGUCAUACAGAGGAUUUUCUACACCGUCAACAGGUCCUGGUCGGGGAGGAUCACGUGCGCGGAGCUCCGGAGGAGCACGUUCCUGCAGAACGUGGCGCUCUUGGAAGAGGAAGCAGACAUCAACCAGCUGACGGAGUACUUCUCGUACGAGCACUUCUACGUCAUCUACUGCAAGUUCUGGGAGCUGGACACGGACCACGACCUCCUCAUCGAUUCCCAGGACCUGGCCCGGCACAAUGACCACGCCGUCUCCACCAAGAUGAUCGAGAGGAUAUUCUCCGGGGCCGUGACGAGGGGCAGGAAGGUGCAAAAGGAGGGAAAGAUCAGCUACGCCGACUUCGUGUGGUUUCUGCUCUCCGAGGAAGACAAGAGAACUCCAACCAGCAUCGAGUACUGGUUCCGCUGCAUGGACCUGGACGGGGACGGGGCGCUGUCCAUGUUCGAGCUCGAGUACUUCUACGAGGAGCAGUGCCGCCGGCUGGACAGCAUGGCCAUCGAGGCCCUGCCCUUCGAGGACUGCCUGUGCCAGAUGCUGGACCUGGUGAAGCCGCAGAACGACGGGAAGAUCACCCUGCGCGACCUGAAGAGGUGUAAGCUCGCCAACGUGUUCUUCGACACCUUCUUCAACAUCGAGAAAUACCUCGACCACGAGCAGAAGGAACAGGUCUCCCUGCUGAGGGACAGUGAGAGCGAAGGCCCGGAGUUGUCCGACUGGGAGAAGUAUGCCGCCGAGGAGUAUGACAUCCUGGUGGCCGAGGAGGCGGCGGCCGAGCCGUGGGAGGACGGGUACGAAGCCGAGCUCAGCCCCGUGGAGCAGAAGCUGAGCUCCCUGAGGUCUCCGCUGGCCCAGAGGCCCUUCUUCGAGGCGCCGUCCGCCCUGGGCGCCGUGGACCUGUACGAGUAUGCGUGUGAGGACGAUGACCUGCCGCCCUCGUGACCGCGCCUCCAGGACGGGCGGGCGCUUGCUGCGCGCACAGCGGCGUGUGUCCCAUCGGGACUUCCGUGGGACGUGAUUUGUGCCGGACGACAGGUUGUUCUUUCUUCCUGGAAGCUGGUCAGGUGGCCGUCGAGCAUUGUCCCUGCCCGUCCAGGGGCCCCACGUCCGUGCAAGGACCCCCGACAGGCAGGACACACGCGGCCCCUGCAGACUCACCCGCCCGGCCGACGUCCGUCCACGUGGAGGGCAGCCCGGUUCCGCGCCUGGAGCUCGCCCGCCGCGUGCUGACCUGUGGGUGUGGGGCAGCCCCGUGUUCUCACGAGGUGGGUCCGGAACAUUCCAGGAGGUGUCCGUCCACAGCAGUGUCUGGGGCGCUGCCCCAGCCACCGCCCUCCACGCGGGACCUGCCAAGGAGCACCCCUCGCGUGUACUCACGUGUUUGUGUACAUGUACAAAACGUGUAAAGUUAACUUUUAUUUGGUGUGUAUAGCAGUUUAAAAAUGUUUUACGAGAUCACGUUUGUAUUUUCAAAUAAAGAGUUUAAGGAUUUUG